AUGCAACGGAUGCUGGCGCUCGGGCAGCGCAGCCGCCGCCACUUGCUGCGGGCGCGCGCCUUCUCGGCGCCGGCCUUUGACGAGAACGUCCUCCUCCCGCUCUUCCCGCAGUCGACCCAAGAUGCGAUCCGACAUGGCCUCAACACGCAGGGCUUUUGCAUCCUGCGCGACUUUGCCUCGAGCGCCAUUAGCCUCGCGAUGCGUGCCGAGGCCGAGAAGCUCUAUGCCGAGGGCCACAUGUUCCAAUCCAACUCGGUCGAUGCCAACGGCAACGCGUACCCCAAGCACAACGUGUUUGCUUCCGAGCUCAACGGACACGAAUGGGACUUGGCGCCAACGAUCCUCCACUACACGCGGAGCGUCAUGCUCCAGGCGCCCGAGAUGCUCAAUACCCUCUUUCCCGGCCUCCAAAUGAGCUCGCGCGCGUAUGCGUCCAAGCUCGCCGUGUCGCUAGGCGAUGGCGCCUCCUAUCCAAAGCACUGCGAUACGGCGGGCCUCCCCGACAAGCGCAAGGUGACCAUGGUCUACUACCUCAACCCGAACUGGGAGCCUGGCCACGGCGGCGAGCUGCGCGUCUUUGCGCCCAAUGGCACCCAUGUGGUGGAGCCACGCUCCGACACGCUCGCCGUCUUUUGGAGCGACCUCGUGGCCCACGACGUGCUGCCGUGCGAGACACCUGUGGAGAACAUUGCGGCGCGGCGGUACGCGCUCACGCUGUGGCUGGUCACGGACAACCCAAAGCACAUCAACGACAAGUCGCACCACCUGUACCCGCUCCGCCAGCACCAUUUUCCCGAUGCUGCAUAA